AUGAAUGAAAAUACCAUUUCUUUUAUGGAGGAGUCUGUUAUGGAAAAGGUUCUCCAUAAGAGGAGUUUGAGGAUGCGUAAUAUGCAAAGAUCUUGGCAGGAAUCUCCUGAAGGCAAGAAGAUGCUGGAAUUCCAGAAGUCUCUGCCAUCAUUUAAGGAGAAGGAAGGUUUACUUCAAGCUAUAGCAUCAAGCAUACCUGCAGUAGCGAAUGGUGCAUCCUUAGCCUUCACUGAAUCAACGUAUUGUCACAACAUACGCGAUUCAGAAACCAAGAGGUACAAGAAGGCUCAGAAUUACGACUUUGAGGAAUUGCAGAAGAGUAAAAGCCAAAAAGAUGAAAGAGAUACAAAACUGAUAAAAAAUUGA